AUGUCGUCGCCUUUCAUUGUUUCAUUAAUUCUUUGGAAUCAACUUCCCAAAGCUUCUGUGACUGCUAUUGCUUAUAAAGACGGUCAUAUUGUAACUGGUCUUAAAGAUGGUAACAUAUGGAUAUACCGAUGUAUUAUAGAUGAAAAAGGAUCUAUUCAGUUGCAACAUAAAGUACUUUGCGUAGGACAUAAAACCCCCAUUGCUGCUUUAACCAUUCUAGAAGAUCAGAUUGAUGGCUGCGCAGGAAAUAAUCAUGUACUUAUAAGUGCUUCUGAAGAUGGAGAUGCUAUGAAAUGGUGUUUAUUAGACGGAAGAUGCCUUUUGUCGGUUUCCAGGGUUUUUGAUGGCAUACUAAGAAAUAUCAAACCGUUAACUAAAUAUCCUCAGCCGUCAAAAUAUUUAUUAUGUUAUGGCUUUUCAAAUGAAAUCUUGGUUCUAAAUAAUGUUCGACAAACAAGGUUAUUAACAUCAAAUUUUAAUGGAGUUCUGAAAAUAUGGGCAUUUGAUGAAGUUAAACAAACAAUAUUAAAAGAGCAUGACAAUAUUGGAUUACUUGAUGCACAAGGUGAUAAAAUACUGGAAUUAAUUAAUAAUCCUUAUGAUAUAGGUGUAAUAAUGGCAGUAACAAGAAAAUUUGCUAUAGCAAAUAGAAAAUUUCCGUCAGAAAAUGGAUAUUUCCUUACUAAACCUAUCCUUACCAGGCAUAACUCCUUACCAAUUUUUCCAAAUUCUGUCGUGGAAAACACAACCUCUGUACCAAAGCCUGAAUUACUUGAAAUUAUUUGUUCAGAGUAUAGUAAUUGUAUUAUAAAUGACGCAGUAACAACAGUAUUUAUGAUUUCUGGGAUUGAUAAUAGAAAAUUAAAUAAUAAUUGGUAUCUGAUUACUUUUUACAACAAUGUUGAUGACACCUCAUUUGUAUGGAAAUCGUUAUCAACAUUUCAACAUGAAAAUCACAAUAAUGAUAAUAAUCAAGCUAUAAAUUUACGAGAAUCGAAAUAUUCUUCUGCAAUUGGUGAUGAAUUAAUAGCAGUUGGUUUUGAAAAUGGAGAAAUUCAUAUUUUCCCGAUACAUAUAGUACUUGUAAAUUUUGAAAAUAUUUUACAACAAAUCCAAACAACAACAAAUCCCUCCUCUUCCUUCUCUUCUUCCAACAACAAUCCAAUCCAGAUUUUUAAAGGUCAUAAUGGUAAAAUUACUUGUCUUUAUAAACCAACUAUUAGCAGCCAUGGUGGUAAAUAUUUAUUAUCGGGUGGUGAGGAUUGUUCUGUAAGAAUAUGGGAUUUAGAAAAUGGAAAAAGAUUGGCAUCAUUUACAUAUCACGGACAGCAAGUUACGCAUUUUUUUGAACCUCCAUUAGAAGUAUGUCCAAGAAUUAGAGGAUGUGUAAUUUCUUACGCAAAAGAUAAUUCUUUGGCUAUCAUUUCAUUGGAGGAAAUGAGUUGUGAUGAGACAGCACAUAUUUGGCAUACGCAAAAUUCAGAACUGCAUCAAAUUGUUGUAGGAUCAAAUGCAAGGGAAAUGUUAAAAGAUAAAUCAUGGAAAAUAAGCUCAAUACCGCAAAAAAAUGGAUCAAUUGAUAAUAAGAAUAAUAAGUUUCAAACAAUAACAUCAUAUCCAAUUAACUCCCCCGAUGAUGGAAUCACAUAUUUUUAUGUGUUUUUAAUAAACAUCAAACAAUUAAUAAACGACAUUUAUCAUUAUCAUGUUUCACAAAUCGGUUCAAAAUCAAGCAGAUCAACAGAAACAACGACAACAGGAAUAAUGAACGAAGAAUUUGAUGAAAAACCUAUUUCUAUCUCUAAAAUAUUUUCAUGGACAACAAAUAGUUCUGCUACUCGUUCUGCUCCAAAUUUAUUACUAUCAUCAACUACACCAUCAUCAUCUUCCAUCUCUUCUCCCUCUUCCAAUCUCAUACAACAACAACAAUCAGAAUGCAAGGCUAUUGAUGCUAGAAUUGUACAAGCUAUUGUUUCUUCAUUGAUGUCUUGGGGAAAUGAUCCUACUCUUGAUGGUAUUUGUAUAGAAAAAUUAGGAUUAAAAACUCCCUCUGAUCAAUUAACGUUUGGAUCAAAAGGAACAAAUGGAAAUUUAUCAAUUGUUGCACCAUAUCCUAAUGAUGGUAAAUCGGUUUGGAGAAUAUCACAUACAAUGACAGCAGCUCAUUUAUUAUCAAUCGUGGGUUUGACACGCUCAUUUCUAUCAAUGAAAGGACUAGAAAAAUACACAAGUGAUAUAAUUACGCAUUAUGGCACCUUUUUGCCAGAUCUUGUUGGUGAAAAUUUUUAUCACUCAUCUUUAUCUUUUCUAGCUAAAUAUUUUCAAGAUCCUGUUGAUGACAUUCGACUUGCAGCAAGAACUUUAUUUUCAUCAUCAUUAAACAACAUGCCAACAGAAGAGCAACAGUCAAUUAUAGAUUAUUGGAAGCAAUUUUUACCGUCAGUGACAUCACCGGAAAUAUUUACCAAUCAAUACAUGGUUAGAUCUACAAUGUUACUUGGAAUUAUUGGGGCAGAAUAUCCUAAAGUUUUAUCAAAAAAAGUUGCAAAGAACACCGCUUUAUCAUUAAUUUUAAUGUUUCACGACGAAACAAAGUUGGCUAAUCGAUUGAUUGCUUUGGAAUUAUGUGUAGCAGUUUUAAAAACAAUAUUUGGAUUUGCAAUAGACACCGAUUCAAAUAUUUUAGCGAUUAUGGCACAAAAAACAGUAUUUCAAAUAGCUUUGGCCAAUACACCAUUAUUUGUAUCAACACUAACCCAUGACACUAAUAAUUCCGAAAAACCUACAGAAAAAAUAGGAUUUCUUAAAUUAAUAUCAAUGUUUAUUCGUAAAAAACCACUACUACUAUAUACAAAUCUGUCAUCUUUAGCUGAAGCUGUUGUGAAAUCAUUGGAUCCAAAUAUACCAAAAAUGAGAGAUUCUGUUCUACCAAUUACUACUAGUGUUUUAUAUGAUUUAGUAAAAAAUUUUCCUUCUAUAGCCUUUCACGGUGAAUCCCAAAAGCUUGCAGUUGGAACUUUGGAAGGUGCCUCGAUUGUAUAUGAUUUACGUACAGCUACUAGGCGAUAUAUCCUGGAGGGCCACACAAAACCAGUUACUGCAGUAACUUUUUCAGGUGAUGGACGCCUAAUUAUAUCAUGUUCACUUGAAGAAGGUACAGUCCGUGUAUGGAAUAAUAGUCCGGGAUUAUUAGGUAUGAUAGCAGGAUCGUUAUCAUCUAAUAAUACUUCUGGUAUGAUCAACAAUAAUGGUGGUAGGAAUGGUAUUUUAAGAACAACAGAUGGCGGGGAAUCUGUAUGUUUUGAAUGGGUGGCUGAUAGAACUGUAAAAUUAUAUGUUAAGGAUUUAAUUAUGUCUUUUAAUGUGUAA